AUGCAAAACAAUCGCGGCGAUGCCACACCCACGCUCCCUAAUGAUGUACUCCGGACGAUCUUUCUUAAUUUUGUCUCUAAUAACUCAGAAAAUACAAUCCCAAGACCGUCUCGCACAAGUCCGCCCUUAAAUCUAUCGUGGGUCAACAGGCAAUGGCGCGAUGUUGCCUUGUCUACCCCCGAACUCUGGACUGCUAUCGCGCUUCCGAACGAACGAGAGCGAAGGACAAACCCAGAUCCAGAUCCAACGACUGGAGAUAUCGAGUUACUCAAGCUAUACAUCUCUAGGAGCGGGGAAGAGCUACCCUUCUCAUUUGCACUUGACUAUGGAGGAGUGUCGAAUCGAGGUUCAAAUAUCGACGUCUUAUCCCUUCAAAAACACAUAGAUGGUAUAAAUCGUUUGGUGUCAGUCAUGGAUUCCGUGCGCCACAGAUGGCGAGUUAUCGUCGUGCGCUGUCGCUCAGUCGAGGCUCUCGGAUCCUUAUUAACAUCGCUAGCUCUUGGUGCGCCUAAGCUCGAGCACUUGCUCAUUUCGACGACACCCAAUGCAUGUAUACUCACUAGAACUGAAGAGGAGACAGACAUGCAAGUAGCUCAAUAUGUGUUGGACGUAUCUGCUUGUCCAAAGCUAGAGAGUAUUGUGCUUCAGUCCCCGGAGCUUCAAGUAGACCCAUUCAUUUCUGAGAAAGCAUGCCUAAGGAGCCUCAAGUCCCUUGCUCUCAACUACAGCACGUCGCAACCGGACGCGUUCACAUGGCUUCAAUGUGCACCUUUCCUUGAGACGGCCUUCAUCCAGCUCAUCAACGCUCCGCCUUUCGCCCUUCCACAUGCUCUACCAUUACUCUUGCCAUACCUUACCCGCCUCUCGCUCGUCUGCCUUUCCGGGGAUAGUACAGAGGUCUCAAACCCCUCGUCGUUCCUGGAGCUUCUCAGGCUUCCCGAGUUGAAGACGUUUGAGCUUAUUAUGGACGGUGCUCUUGGCACAAACCAGGGUUGGCCGCAUGCUCUUAAUAUGAUUCGCAGGUCUAAUCCAGACCGCGAUUUCGAGACGCCUCUGGAAGAACUCGAACUGCUGGGAACUCCAAUGGCGACCUCAGAAUUUAUUGAUAUGCUCUCGUUAGUGCCAGGACUAAAGAAGCUUACUAUCGAUGAUGCACUCGCCUCAGAUGAAGUGAUGCUUCGACUAAGCACACUCGAGGCCGAUGACCGAACACCUGUACCCGGAAGUAUUGCUCAUGAAGUAAGUGCGAACACGAGACGUGGACAGGUUCAACAGCCUUUGUGUCCCGAGCUUGAAACACUUGUGCUUCAUGCAUGCUCGGCUUCACUUUCAGUCUUGGCGAACAUGGCGUCAUCUCGUUGCCGUCUCAAUGCUCAACCUCAAGGAACUGGUGAUGGGGCAUCUUAUCCUGAGUCUACCCCUUCAGAAGAAACGUCAGGCAAUAGGACAAGUAACAUGCAGAAUUAUAGGACGUUGAAGAAACUGGAAUUGGUACAUAGUUAUCGCAACGUCCCACCAAUUACUGAGAAUCCGCUAUUCUCGAGGUGUCUGGACUACGGCCUAACUAUCGUGCAACGCCCACGCACCAUUUCUCGGCUUUGA